CAUCCUGACACCAACCCUGCCCUCAAAACAAAGCAGGUGAGAGAGAAAGAGCGGAGGAGGAGGAGGAGGAAGAAGAGGAGGUGUCUUCUCCUUUCUCUGUGCUUGUGCUGCACUUGCGCGCUGCCUCCCUGCCCUUCACCUCACCGCCCACCGGCCUGUUUCCUCAUCGUCCAUGUCACACUCGGUUAACGCCGGUCGACUUCACUUCUCCAACUAAAAAACUACUACACCAUCACUGCGUGUUUCCAAGAGGAUUCGCCGUGUAACAUGUGGAAUAAAGAGCGACAGAUAAAGCAGUGAAGCAGUGGGAGGGGGCGAAAUGCAGGACGACAGCGGCAAAGAAGCACCCAGGAGCCCCGCUGUAACCAGUGCGACCGCAGCGCAGGUAGGAGCGGAGAAUUCAAUUCACUUGAACGGGCACGCUGUCACUCAAAAUGGCCACAACCCGACGGCUACGCCUGCACCUGCCACACAGUUUGAACCCAGACCUUUGAGUCCUGCGCCUGCUCCAACCCCGAUCAUCCCGAGGGAGCAAUGGGGAGGGAAGUAUGAGUUCCUGCUCUCCUGUAUUGGAUACUGCGUGGGACUGGGGAACGUGUGGCGGUUUCCCUAUCUUUGUUAUCGAAAUGGAGGAGGUGUGUUUCUCAUCCCCUACUUCAUAAUGCUGUUUUUCACGGGCGUUCCACUCUUCCUCAUGGAGCUGAGUUUGGGUCAGUACGGAGCAGCUGGUCCCAUCACUGUGUGGAAAUGCUGCCCUCUGCUCAAAGGUAUUGGCAUUGGGAUGCUGUGCGUCUCCACGUUGGUGUGUCUCUACUAUAACGUCAUCAUAGCGUGGACGUUUUACUACCUGUUCAGCUCGUUCCAGAGCCCUCUGCCUUGGUCCUGUGACGCCGUAGCCAAUGCAGGUCUCUGCGAUAACAACAUAACCGGCAAUGGCUCGACUAGAAAAAUGCUCAGCCCCACAGAGAACUUCUGGAAUGAGCGUGUGCUGGGUGUAGUACACAGCGAGGGCCUUCAUGACCCAGGCCCUGUCCGGUGGCCCUUGGCCCUGUGCCUCCUGGCUGCUUGGAUUGUCAUCUUCCUGUGUAUGCUCAAGGGCAUCCGCAGCUCUGGCAAGGUGGUUUAUGUGACGGCUACCUUCCCGUACUUUGUGCUCAUUGUCUUGAUCAUCAGAGGUGCUACACUGGAGGGCUCUCUUCAGGGCGUCGCUUUCUACCUCACACCAGACUGGGGCCGGUUAGCUAACGCACAGGUGUGGAACGACGCAGCCUCACAGAUCUUCUAUUCUUUAGGUAUCGGAGUCGGAGGGCUGCUUUCCAUGGCCUCUUACAAUAAGUUUGACAACAACGUCAUCAGGGACACUUUGGUUAUCACCACAGGAAACUGCUGCACCAGCUUCUUUGCAGGAUUUGCGAUAUUCUCCAUCCUGGGUCACAUGGCGUGGAAGAAAGGAGUGCCUGUCGGAGAGGUGGCAGACACAGGUCCUGGCUUGGCUUUCGUCGCUUACCCAGAAGCCCUUGCUCUGCUGCCAGGCUCGGUGUUCUGGUCCAUUAUGUUCUUCCUCAUGCUCUUUAUGCUGGGGAUCGAUACUCUGUUUGGGAACAUGGAGGGCAUCACCACGGCUGUGCUGGACGAGUUUCCGCAGCUCAGGGCGAACGCGCUGCACAAGUCCAUGUUCUUGGGCGCCUUGUGUUUUGGCUUCUACCUGAUGGGUCUCCUGUUAGUCACUGACGGUGGAAUUUACUGGUUCACUCUCAUUGACUCCUUCAGCACUAGUUUCGGCCUCAUCAUCAUCACCCUCUUCAUGUGCAUUGGCAUCUCCUUCUUCUAUGGAGUCAACCAGUUUUGUCAGGACAUUCUUGAUAUGAUCUGCCACUGCCCUCCGUGGUGCGGCAAAGUGCUGCUUUAUUUCAAAGCAUGCUGGGUAUUCUGCACUCCGUUUCUUCUGCUGUUCAUCCUGACCUACAUCUUCAUUGAGAUGUACAACACAUCACUCCACUACGGGUCCUACGUGUAUCCACGAUGGGGGAAAGCGUUGGGAGUGUGCAUAGGCGCGACCUGCUGUCUGCAGAUCCUCAUCUGGGCCAUUGUGGCCGUCAGCAAGGAAACAGGAACACUGAAAGAGCGUUUCCAGAAAUCCAUUCGACCUCUGAAUUCCUGGAGGGUAAACAACACGAACAUCGCCACGAGAGCUCAGGAGAGCUUGGAGGCCGAGAGGGUGGAGGCUCCGUUCACAGUCACGCUCACAGACAUGGACUUUACCGCGAUGACGUGGGAGUUGGGAAGUGAGGCGUGACGGCUCAGAGGCGGUAGUGAUGAGCAAACUACGUCGUGGAGAGACAGAGGAAUUUAUUAUUGUUAUUCGCCCCAGCGAGGCUCUGGUGGCCGUGUCUGAACAGACUGUCUGUCCUGCAGGGCAGUGUGGAUUACGUGCUUUAUUUAUAACAUUAAGUAUGUUUGAAUUUUAUUUUUGAACUUUUUUUUUUUUUACAUUGUGUAGCAUAUAAGACUCUACCAGGACAUUUGGAUGAUGUUAAUCUUGCAGUGUAUCUGCUGAUCUUAAUUUAUUAUCAUAGCAGCGGAGUAUUUAUCCUGAAAGCAGUCAUCAUGUAUGAGGAGUAAGGACAAAAAAGUGCAGUGACUCUCGACUGUUGCCUUCAACAACCGCUGAUGGACCUGGAGAAGUGACCACAAUCAUCAGUCAUCAGCUUGCCGGAGUAAAAGUUUGCGACAACUCAGCUGCUCAGAAGAAAACUUUUAAUCUGUUUUACUUUUUAAAACAAAUUACUGCUAAAAAAAUAAGUAAUUAAAACUAACAAACUUGCCAAAUGUACUAUUAAGCACUGUCUGUAUGAUAGUAGACAGUCAGACCAUCUGCAUUUCAAAUAUCCAGUUCCUGCAGGAACAAGCAGAAUGCCACAAAUUCCCGCAUACCGCUCCUUUAAGUGGGACUUCUUGACAUUUCUAUCUUUAGAAAGAAGAGUGAAGGAGUCAGUGGACGUCUACCCACAUGUAGCCUUUUAGUUUUUUUAAGUUUACUGGAACUUUGACAGCUUGUUAUUGUUGAUUUCCCCUCUGCUAUGCUAAGUCUAUCAGAGGUGAAAUGUAUUAUCUGGAGAGGCACACCUUGAGGACAUGAUUUUAAUCGUGGUAUCAAACAUUUUUCACUGCUUAGAGACAUCAAAAUCAGCUGUUUAAAUGUUAUUUAUUAUUGGGCAAAUUCAGGAUACUGCUUGAUUUAUAAAUGAUGCUGUUCAUGUCGAUGGGGUAUAAAGGAAAGGAAGAUAUGAAGAAUUAUAAAAAACCCAGAGGAGACAGCUCCCUUGAACACACCGGUUACAUGAAUGUGUUGUUUAGACUGUCAGAUAAAUAACAGACUAGUUGCACUUUUCUCACAGAGAACAAACUUUCUGACAUUUAAUGUCUGAAGAUUUAAUUUGUGGGGAUGCCCCCUCAGCUCACCUGGCAGCGUGCGCAUCAUGUACAAAGUCAAUCCUUAUUACUGCGGCCUAGGUUCGAUUCCAACCUGUGGCCAUUUGCUUCUGCAUAACAUUUACCUGUCACUCUUUAGCUGCUACUAUCAAAAAUAAAGUUUUCAAUGCCCCCAAAAUGAUAAUAACACAGUAGAUUUAAUUGGGGGUAACUGAUGGAAAAUAAGAGACUGUUUACUUUAAAACUUUUUCAAGAGCAUGUGUGCUCCCUGUUGUGUCCAGUUGCAAAUAAGUAGCUGAUGAAAGAUGCCAGAUCUGCUUUGGGGGUAACUGUUCAUGCUUUAGGCAAGACAACUACUUUAAAACCUGAAAAAUGUUUUAUUAUCCUUUGUUUGUAUGUCAUCAAACUCUUAUUUUAACUGAUCUUUUUGCCUUUGUACACCUUGUUGCCAUUCUGUUGUAUAUAGCUGUGCAUAAUGAUUAAAUAUUCUUAUUGUCUUUA